GAUGAAGAGUUCCGUGGAACAGGUGAUGCUCAGAUGGAUCAAUGCGGAAGUCGCAUCGUGGGUUAUCCUGCUUACUGGAGUUCUUUUUCGUGGAAACCUGGUUUUUUUUACAGGAAAGUGAACCUACGAGCAGAGAACAUGGACCGUGAUUGGAAGGACGGUAUCUUGUUCUGUGCUUUGGUUUAUCGUUGGAAACCGGACGUGAUUGAUAUGGAGAAAGUUCGUAAUGCUGAGCCUAGAGAAAACCUUGAAACUGCUUUCGAAUUGGCUCAGAAACAUCUUGGGAUCAAGAGGCUAUUAGAAGUAAGUGGAUCUUAUGCACACUGCAUUGCGGCUAUUUUCCCCUCUUUUCUAGUCUUCCAAACCACUUUUCUUUUGGAAUUUUAUUGCGUCUUGCUGAAAUGGCCUUGGUGCAAGGUUGACGAUGUACUCUGUCAAAAACCGGAUAAACGCUCCAUCAUCACCUACGUCUCGCAGUUUAUACGAGCAUUCGGAGAAGCUCCACCAGUUGAAGAACACAACGUAUAUUCGGAGUUCUUAGAAUGGCUCGCACAUGCUUGCAAAGUCGAUCUCGUGAACAGCGAACAAGGAAUGUACUUCCGACUUAGACGGGAGUUUAUCGAAUAUCGCAGUGUGUACAACACCAUCGUGGCUACAAAGCUACACUUUUCUGUUGAAGAAUUGUCGGAAAUACAAGAGAAGUGGGAAACCGUUCGAUUUAAUCUGGAAGCAGCGGCCGCAAGUGCCGAGAAAAGACUUCCAAAGCCGUACUCGACGCUAUCUGGCUGGACCGUUACUGGCCAGUCUAUCAUAAACACGCCGCUUGAUUUACCCUCGGAAGAACCACACAAAUGUCUUGCUAUGCUACAGAAAAUGAUCUCAGAACAUAAUCGUCAUUUCAUUGAUUUGGCAGCUAAACAAGCUGAAUUGCAACAAGCAACUGAGACUGGAGGAUUAGGUGGUCGACCGGUAGCGGCUGAAUACGUCGAGCCACUACGACUUCGAAUGACGGCGCUGGCGGAGGAAGCGCCCUUAAAGCUGGCCACCUUGAAAGUGUUGCACGCACACUACACUAUUUUAGCUUAUCUUUACGAUUUAGAAGUAAAAAUGAAAUUGUGGAGAAUCCCCAAAGAUCUUCUACAAAAUUCUGUAUUCGCUGGAGCCUCAUUCAAAGGAAUUCAUUCGUGUUAG